GACCUCCUAUCCGAUUGGAUGGAUUCCCAUAUAAAUCAGGGCAACCCUGUUUAUAUCCGUGCGUGAUUCGCCCUCAACCCUAGAUCCCCAAAUCCCCUCCUCCCCGAGCUGCGCGAUGACUGCAAGCGCAAGUUUGGAGAGGGAGCAGAGAGCCAUAAACAGAAGAAACGGACGUGAGUCGUCAUUCGCUUCAAGUGGGAGUCAUGUCCCAAAAGCCACUAAUGGUAGGAUGAGCAAAGGCAUGAAAGCAAUGUUAAAACUUCACGCGGUUCAGGCGGCGUACGCUGCUGCUGAGGAGAAACGAUGUGCUCUUGAGGAGGAACAGUUUGGCAGACUUCCUGAUCGAGAUGGGUCGGCCAGUUCCUUUGAAGAGAGACAGUUUGGUUAUUUGGUUGGACGUGGUCAAGAGUACUACCGAACCUGCACCAAUACAACCAGAGAUCUGUCUUCCAUUGUCGUCUCGAUUGCUUUGUUUGACGGAGAUGAGAUGUUAUUUGCAUGCUCGGGCAUGUGUAUCACACGGGUCAACUCAAUUUCAGCUGACAAGAUUUGCGACUUCGGCGUGUUUGGUUACCGCAUAUAAUGAUAACAUGAACAAAGAUGAUAACUUGAGG